AUGGGUUCUGUGGGAUUUAAUGGUGAAGUUGAAUCCCAGCCUAGUGCAAGCAAUUACAAGCUUCUUGUUGGCUGUGAUGGAGGUACCCAUGCCUUGGUACCUAGGAAGCUUCGGUCGGCCAUAAAAAAGCGGGCCCGUGAAAUGGUUACGUCACCAUUAUCAAUUUCGAAGAAAAGGCGUGCGUCUAAUAAAGAGGACUCUCUUAAAAAAUAUGGCAGAAAGAAUUCCAAGCCGAAAAGGGCGCACAUUACAAAGGACGAAGAAGAAGUAGCUGAAACCUUGUAUGCUUUGGCCAGUAUGUUCUUUGAUCCAAAUAAAGCUAAUAGGCUGUUGAAUAAUAGCCAAGAAAAUGGGGGAUCAUCAAAUGCAGUUGAAGGUAAUGCUUUGUUAUUGUUGAAUAAUCCCCUACCGUUUAGCCUAAUUCGAAUGGUAAAACUCCCUCAAUAUCCUAGCAGUAGCAUGCACCCACAAAAACAAUGGCUUGCUCAGCAUAACAGUGGAGUGGGGCCCACACAUUUGAACGACUGGAAAAAUGGAAGCACGGGCCCACCACCACCCAUGGUGAACUGUGCUCGACGAGCUCUUUUACCUCAUUUGCUGGGCCCAACAAAGGAUCAGCAAUUUAUGUCGUCUGCUAUCAGCAGCUCGUCUUUGCCUCUUCAAAACAUGAAGAUUAAUAGCCGUUAUCAUCAACAACUACUCCAUAAUCGUCAAAUCCCUUUGGGAUUUUUCGAGAGAAAUUUGGCUGCCUUUUGUUCGGAUAAUAUACAGCAGUUGCAACUUCCAUGA